ACUGAGAGGCUAGCUCGCACAGGGCUUUUUCGCCUGGUGAUUGAUGUCCCAGAGUCAACAGCGAGCGAGCAGCCGGUGAGGGGAAGGAGCCGUAGGAGAGGGGAAGAAUACGGCGCCCCCUCUCUCCUCCCCCCCCCCCACUUUAGCCCUUCUGCGCACUUCGCCUCCAAGUCUCCACGCAGCCAGGAGCCGCUGCCGCCUCCGCGCCGCCGCGCUCUGUCCCCGAGCCAAACACAGCGAGUGCCACCGCCCGGGCCCCCCCCGCGGGGCCGGGGUCGGGGGCCAGCAUGGAGCACCUGGGUCCUCACCAUCUCCACCCGGGCCACGCGGAGCCCAUCAGCUUUGGCAUCGACCAGAUCCUCAACAGCCCAGACCAGGGCGGCUGCAUGGGGCCCUCCUCGCGCCUCCAGGACGGAGAAUACGGCCUUGGCUGUUUGGUUGGAGGCGCCUACCCUUACGGCGGCGGGGGCCCCGCAGCCGGGCCGGGGGCCGGGGGCGCGGGGGCCUAUAGCGCUGGAGGGCCGAGUGGCCCGGGUGGCCCGGCGGGCGGCGGCGGCGGCGCCUGCAGCAUGGGCCCGCUGGCCGGCUCCUACAACGUGAACAUGGCCUUGGCGGGCGGCCCCGGUCCCGGUGGCGGCGGCGGCGGCGGCGGGGGUGGCGGCGGCGGGGGCGCGCUGAGUGCUGCGGGGGUGAUCCGAGUGCCUGCGCACAGGCCGCUAGCUGGAACAGUGGCCCAUCCUCAACCUCUGGCUACCGGUUUACCCACCGUGCCCUCCGUGCCUGCCGUGCCGGGCGUCAACAACCUCACCGGCCUCACCUUCCCCUGGAUGGAGAGUAACCGCAGAUACACAAAGGACAGGUUCACAGGUCACCCCUAUCAGAAUCGGACGCCCCCCAAGAAGAAGAAGCCGCGCACGUCCUUCACGCGCCUGCAGAUCUGCGAGCUGGAGAAGCGCUUCCACCGCCAGAAGUACCUGGCCUCGGCCGAGCGCGCCGCCCUGGCCAAGGCGCUCAAAAUGACCGACGCGCAGGUCAAAACCUGGUUCCAGAACCGGCGGACAAAGUGGAGGUGA